UCAAUCUGUGUAGAGAUCAACCAGCAGAAGACAAUUCAGAGCAAAAAUGGCGAAUUUCAACGUGAAUUCAAUCCUGUUAAUCACUAUUUCGAUUUUCGCAGCUGCAGCUUAUGGAAUUGACGAUAAAUGCGCCGCCUGCAAUGCAAUUGCUAUGGAGCUGGAGCGCGGACUCUCAAAUGAAAAACCGAGAAACCAUUUGGACAUGAGACACCGUUUGGACUCUAAAGGUCAGCGACAAGGGAAGCUAAUAGAUUACAGAGUCAGCGAGUUGAGAGUUGUUGAACUUCUUGAUGGGCUCUGCGAAAACAUGCAGGAUUAUACUCUGGAGAAGGUGGAUUCAAGCAGACAAUGGAUCAAGGUUAAGGACUGGGAUAACCUUAAGACUAGUAUGUACGCAACCUUCGUCUGACAAAUCCACAUUUUAUUCAUUUUUCCAACUCAUUAUGCCUUUUCUAACCGUGUUUUUGAGUUGCUUAAGUCCACACUCCACACUGGCUGAACACGUAGACUCUAGCCAGAUAUCUGAAAAUUUGAGUCUCCGUAGUAGUAACUUGUCAGUUAUGUAGAAAGUUUUAAAAAACUUUGGAAAAACUUUACCUCUAAGCAAAGUAAUACACUUGUGAUGCAUGCUUGUGGUAAAGUUCUUAAUUGUCAUGUUAUUAUUUUAAUUGAU